CGUCUCAGACGCAGCCAGCGACACCCUGAGAAACAGACAGAGACUGCCUGAGCAUACAGCCAGCGACUGCCUGAGAUACAGACAGAGACUGACUGAGAUACAGAGACUGUCUGAGCUACAGACACAGACUAUCUGAGCUACAUCAAGCGACUGCCUGAGCUCCAUCAAGCGCCCGUCUCUGAGUGGAGCCACAGGGCCAUGGCGAGUGCGGCUCCCAGUGGUAGCGAGGCCCCAGGGGAGUUGACCUGCCCCAUCUGCCUGGACGCCUUCCGCUGCCCCUGCACGCUCAGCUGCGGCCACUCGUUCUGCCUCAAGUGCGUGGAGGGCUCCUGGGAUUCGGCCAAGUCCUUCUCCUGUCCCCAGUGCCGAGUGACUUUCCCUCGGAGGCCCAAGCUGAGCAAGAACUUCACGCUCGCCAACCUGGUGGAGCAGCGCAGUGCCGCAGAGAAAAUGGCCACCGUGGUCUUGUGUGACUUCUGCAACGAUGGCACGACUGCUGCCUUGAAGACCUGCCUGAGGUGUGAUAUGUCCUACUGUGUGACUCAUGUAAAGCCUCAUCAGGAGAACUCGAAGUUCAAGGACCACAUUCUGGUGGCUCCAGGCACGAAUCCUGAAGAACGUAAAUGCAAGAAUCACAGAAAGAGGAUCAAGUUUUACUGCCGAAAGGACGAGAGUUUGGUCUGCACAACCUGCACCAUCGCAGGAGACCACAAGGGUCACGAUGUGACUACGCUGGAGGAUGAGCAUAAGACACAGGAGAAACAAGUGGGAGAGGAGACGCGGGCGGUGGAGGAGAAGAGGAGGGAGGCGGAAGAGUCCGUGAGGCAGAUGGAGGCCGCUCGCAGGGACGUGCAGGGAACCAUGACAAACGACAAGGCCUCAAUCUCGGGCAGAUUCGUCCACGCGAGAGCAGCGUUGGAUGCGAAGGAGAAGGCGGCUUUAAAGCAAGCAGAGCAGAAAGGGCGCAAGCAGCUGUCCCAGAUCGAGGAGAAGAUCGCUCGCGACCAGCGCGAGAUCAGCGAGCUCCAGGCAGCAGCCACUCGCCUGAAGGCCCUAGCGCAGGAGAGGGACUCGCUCGCAUUCCUGCAGGGGCACCUGGAGCAGAAGCGCAGGACAGGGAGGGUUACAGCAGCUCCACCCUCAGCUCCCAGCCAAGUGGACAUUGCCUCGCCUCAAGUCCUGGAGACACCUACAGUCAAACGCCUGUACGGGCGCUCACCGACUCUGGACACAAACUCAGCUUAUAACAAACUCCAGAUCUCCUCGGAUCUCAGGACGAUGACGAUGACCGGUGCCUCCCAGGGUCGCCCCGAUCACCCACACCGCUUUGAUGACUAUCCACAAGCCCUGUGCUGUGAGAGCUUCUCGUCGGGCCACCACUACUGGGAGGUGGACGUGGGGGACGCGCGGCAUUGGCGAGUUGGAGUCGCGUACGGGACGACCCCACGGAAAGGGGAUCGUGCUGCACAGCUGCUGGGAGGGAGCGACGCGUCCUGGUGUUUAGAUAAAUGUUGCGACAGCUUCUCAGUGGUUCAUGGUGGAGUGAAGACUGCACUGUCGGUGAGGGGGGCCCCCUUCCUCCGCAGAAUCGGGCUUCACCUGCACUGGGAGGGGGGGCUCCUGGCGUUUUACCACGCCGACUCCAUGGAGGUGAUCCACGAGGUUCGGCAGAGAUUCUUGCAGCCUCUCUACCCUGGGAUGUGGGUGAAUAAUUAUAAUCAACCAUUGAAGAUCGUGGAUCUAAGUCGUGCAUCCUGA